AUGCGUUUCAGGUGCUGCACCCACAAGACCAGAAUAAUUGAUGUGGUGUACAAUGCCUCCAGCAACGAGCUGGUGCGAACCAAGACUCUUGUGAACUGCAUUAUCCUUGUGGACAGCACUCCUUUCAGGCAGUGGUAUGAGGCCCACGAUGCAUCUCCUCUCAGAUGCAAUAAGGGUGCCAAACUGAGCCAUGAGGAGGAGGAGAUUCUUAACAAGAAGCGAUCCAAGAAGACCCAAAAGAAGUAUGAUGAGCGCAAGAAAAAGAGCAAGAUCAGUCCCCUCUUGGAUGAGCAGUUCCAGCAGGGAAAACUGCUUGCGUGCAUUGCCUCACGACCUGGCCAGUGCGGCAGAGCUGACGGCUACGUCUUGGAAGGUAAAGAACUGGAGUUCUACCUGAGGAAGAUCAAGGCCAAGAAAGGCAAAUAAAUGCACAGCUCUUUGAUACUGCUCCAAUUAAAAGACAAGAAAAUUA